AUGGUGGAUACGCCGAAUCCGCAACAGCAGCAGCAGCAGCAAUUGCAGGGUCAGCAGGGGCAAGGGCAGGGGCAGCAAGGGCAAGGCGGGCAGGGACAGGGGCAGCAUAGAAGGCGGGCGUCGGGGUUCAGGAGGGUGAGGGACGGGCGGGAUUUGAGGCCGUAUGUGAACCAGCAGCCGGCAGGGCGGAGGGUUGAUGAGCGCGGGGUGUUUUUGUCGCCCCUGCGCCAGCUGACGACGAGCAUCCUGGAGACGUACCGGAUCUGCAACCCGGCGUUCCGCUAUGAGUCGACGCAUAACCCGCGGCGCGUGCUCACGAAGCCGAGCAAGCCGGCGCACAAUGAUGGGUACGAUAACGAGGAGUACGAUUAUAUUCUGUAUGUGAACGAUCUUCUGGGGAGUGAGGAUGGGCAUAACCGGUACCUCAUCCUGGACAUACUGGGCCAGGGCACGUUCGGGCAGGUGGUCAAGUGUCAGAACAUGAAGAAUCAUGAGAUCGUCGCGGUCAAGGUCGUCAAGAACAAGCCUGCGUAUUUCAACCAGAGUAUGAUGGAGGUCACGAUCUUGGAGCUGCUGAACAACCAAUGCGACCCGCAAGACGAGCACCACAUCCUGCGGCUGCGCGACUCGUUCAUCCACAAGAACCACCUGUGCCUCGUGUUCGAGCUGCUGAGCUCGAACCUGUACGAGCUGAUCAAGCAGAACCAGUUCCAGGGGCUGAGUACGCAGCUCGUGAAGGUGUUCACGGCGCAGCUGCUCGAUGCGCUCUCGGUGCUCAAGGACGCGCGGCUGAUACAUUGUGAUCUGAAGCCGGAGAAUAUACUGUUGAAGUCACUGCAGUCCCCGCAGAUCAAGGUGAUCGACUUCGGGUCGGCGUGCCACGAGCGGCAGACGGUGUACACGUACAUCCAGUCGCGGUUCUACCGCUCGCCCGAGGUCAUACUCGGGAUUCCGUACACGGCCUCGAUCGACAUGUGGUCGCUCGGGUGUAUCGCGGUCGAGCUGUUUUUGGGCCUGCCGCUGUUCCCGGGCACGAGCGAGUAUAAUCAGAUUACGAGGAUCGUUGAGAUGCUUGGGAUGCCGCCGACGUACAUGCUCGACAUGGGCAAGCAGACGAAACAGUUCUUCGACUCCUUCGUGGACGUGUACGGGCAGAAGAAGUACAGGCUCAAGAGCCUCGAGCAGUACUCGCGCGAGCACGGCACGAACGAGCAGCCGGGCAAGCAGUACUUCAAGGCGACGACGCUGCCCGAGAUCGUCAACCAGGCGCCGAUGCCGAGCUUCAAGAGCUCGUCGAGGCAGGGACACGAGGUCGAGAAGGAGCUGAACAAUCGGGCGUCGUUCAUCGACUUCUGUCAGGGACUCUUGAACUUGAACCCGAUUGAGCGAUGGUCGCCCCAGCAGGCGCGGAUGCAUCCGUUCAUUACAGGCGAGAAGUUCACAAAGCCGUUUUCCGUGCGUAGUUUCUUUUCCUUUCAAUGCCCCGCGGGUGCGGGGGAAAGUCUGCCGAAAGCUGACUGA